AUGACAUUGGCCGUGGCUGCUACCACGCCCACUCGACCACUAGAAGCAUCCUCUUUUAUCCCGUCUUUAAGUCCCUCAUCCAAGAGUUCGCCGCAUCGGGCGAACACUUCAGGCCCGUGGAAGCCUCUUGAAUCGGAAUAUGAACCCCAAUCCUCACCACGGUGCUACACUUUCACUCCUCAACGCGCCAAAUCGGUACCACGUGCCUGGGAACGACGGCCAGCCACACCCUACAUACAACGAAAUGAGACGCAAAAAAUAUGGAAACGUGUUCCUCUGGGAGCUCUCACGACAAACACGAGUGAAGCUAGGAGAAGAGGGGAGCAACCAGUGAACUUCAGAACCGUAAAAAGAUUAAGAGUCGGUCCACUCGAUGGAGUGGAAGACAAGGAAAACAUAGAUUACAUCGCAUCAAAAUGGGAGGAAGACGGAAUGAUGGUCCUCAGUCCAAAGCGAAAAGCGGUGGUACAUGGGGGCUCGGUUGAGAGCGAGGCUGAAAUCGACGACGAUCACGAGAUGCCUCCCGAAGUCAGCAGUGACGUUGAAGUGCACGCAAAGCCUUUAUAUAUGGACCGCAGCACAGGUUCAGCUUUCACUGCCCUGUCUGAGGACCAAAAUUUUCCCGAAACUUCGAGUGAUAUGAGAAGUGUUGAAGUCGACGGAGGAGCUACACCGACUGUCCUAGGCCAUGCGAAUCUUCUGGGCCAGGAUGAAGAAAUUACUCAAUCUCGAACAUCAGCGGCCGAGUUAAUCACCACGGACUCUGCCCCUUUAUCGACAUCCAACCCAUCUCAAGGAGAUCGUCCAGUGGAAGUGCAGACCGAUGUGCCCUCUCCUUCGGCAGAUACAGUUCCCAUUGGACCUUCGAUAGAACUGGUCAACUUCUCAACAGACCACGACGAUACUGCCUACCUUCACGACUUUUUAACCCGAGCCAGAGCACAAAAAGUAGUCAAACGACAGUCUUUGGAGAUGGCUUUGUCAGACACCUGUGGUACGAUGGAAAUGCGUGAUGAAUGCCCAGAGGAACGGACUUCUUCACGUGUGGAGGAUUUGAACGACACCAGGACUCUGAUGACACCACCUCAAAAUGACGGUGAAGAUCUCCAAUUAAGUCAAGAGAUGGAGUCCAAUGUUUCCUCACUUUCUCGACGGAGUUCACGACUGAGCACCAGUCUUCCACGACUUCAGAACCCUAGAGCAAGUUUACCGGGUAACAUAUCCCUUAAACGACUCAAUGGGACCGAAUUUAUUGCCACACAUCGAGAAUCUCGAUCUGUCGCUGUUACUACCCGAACAAAUACGAAGCGCAACAAAGGAAAUGCAGUGUCAGUGCAGAUCAAGCUAAUGCAACUCCAUGCCGAAGCAAAAGCAGGACACGAGGAAGAUGACGCACAAUACGAGGAAGCGAGGAAGAGGAAGAAGAAAUCCAAAGAAGUCACGUGGGACGAAAUGAUAGCUCGAUAUCAAGAUGGAAGUGUCGCCCGAAUUGGUCCAGAGGAGAAGGAGACUCCAGAAGAUGCAGUUGCCGAGGGCGACACCCACAAAGAUGAACAAGAAACACAGGAACCAGUUCUGCAAGUGAAGAAGCAUGUCAAGAAAGUCCGAAAACUGAGAAAGUUGAACGUGGGUACAGUCAAUGGGACACCAGCACCGCGAAGAAGUAUCAGCAUUCCAGUCUCAGUCAAGUCGAGUUAUUCUUCGGAGAAAGCGAUGGAUAUGACUGGAGAUGUGAACCUAGGAGAACAAGUGGGUGAUGCAAAUGAAAGAGAGAUGAAUCUGCGAAUCCAAACACGGACUCGGGCAAGGAAGAGUUCGUGA